AUGUGCAGGAACUCUAGUAACUCAGAGAUGGUAGCUUCAAACAAAAGCACGUUAGAAGAGGUUUUGGACAUUGAGACCAACAUGUCUCAUCAGUCUCAGUGGGUGCUAAAUCCUCCAGAUCCACCCUCCAUGCUGCGUCAGGUUCUGGACAACGUCAAGGACAUCCUCUUACCACAUUCUCAACCAAACACAUUCUCUUCUCUCAGGAACCAGCCCUUUUCCAAACGCGCUUUUGCUUUCUUCCAGAACGUGUUUCCCAUUCUUGCUUCAUUCCAAGACUACAAUGCUCAAAAGUUCAAGUGCGAUUUCAUGGCCGGGCUAACCCUUGCAAUCUUCGCCAUUCCUCAGUGUAUGGGAAAUGCAACAUUGGCGCAGCUAAGUCCAGAAUAUGGCCUCUAUACAGGAAUUGUUCCACCUCUUAUUUAUGCUUUGCUAGCGAGUUCAAGGGAAAUAGUGAUUGGACCUGGAUCUGUAGAUUCACUGCUACUUUCCUCAAUGAUUCAGACAUUGAAACUUCCGAUUCAUGAUUCUAUUGAAUACAAUAAGCUUGUUUUCACUGUCACAUUUUUUGCUGGCAUCUUUCAAGUUGCUUUCGGCCUCUUUAGGUUUGGUUUUCUGGUGGAAUAUAUUUCCCAAUCGACGAUCGUAGGGUUCUUGGCAGCAGCUGCAGUGGGCAUUGGACUACAACAACUGAGAGGAUUAUUCGGGAUCGUUAACUUCACCAACAAAACUGCUUUAUUUUCCGUCCUCAAAUCUCUUUGGACAUCCUUCAAAAACCAAUCAGCGUGGCAUCCCUACAACUUCGUUAUUGGAUUCUCCUUCCUAUGCUUCAUCCUAUUCACCAGAUUCCUGGGUAAAAGGAACAAGAAACUUAUCUGGUUGUCACACGUUGCUCCUCUCCUUUCUAUUAUCGUAUCCUCUAUCAUUGCGUACAAAAUAAAUGUGGACAAGCCUCAAAUGAAGGACUACAGAGUUGAAGUGUUGGGACCAAUCAAAGGAGGAGGUAGCUUGAAUCCAAGCUCCUUCAAUCAGCUAACAUUUGAUAGCAAAGUUGUGGGUCAUUUGAUGAGAAUAGGCUUGACCAUUGCUAUUAUUUCACUCACGGGAUCUAUUGCUGUGGGACGAUCAUUUGCAUCUCUAAAAGGACACAGCAUUGAUCCCAACAGAGAAGUGGUGUCGUGGGGCAUAAUGAACAUUGUUGGAUCCUUAACUUCUUGCUAUAUUGCAUCAGGGUCUUUGUCACGAACUGCUGUGAACUACAAUGCAGGGUCAGAAACAAUGGUGUCGAACAUAGUGAUGGCACUCACCGUGCUGUUGUCACUUAAAUUUUUGACAGGGCUUUUGUAUUUCACUCCGAAAGCAAUCUUAGCAGCAAUAAUUCUUUCGGCUGUUCCAGGACUGAUUGACCUAAAAAAAGCUUGUGAAAUUUGGAAGGUUGAUAAAAUGGAUUUCCUUGCUUGUGCUGGAGCCUUCUUCGGAGUCUUGUUUGCUUCUGCGGAAAUAGGCCUCGCAGUUGGGUGCAGAUCACGAUUUCAUUCGCGAAGAUAA